AUGGACAAUAACAACCUAGCUACCACCCUGAGCAAUGAUCCUGCCGUUAACGCACCUAAUAUCGCGACAUUGGGCAGCGGCAAGGGCAAGACUACGCAGGGUUUUGAUGAGAUGGAUGUGAGCAUGGGCGAAAAUGAAAGCGAUGAGAGUGAAAAUGAAGACAUUAUGGAAGAAGAAGAUGAGGAUGACAAAGAUAAUCUCGAGCCAAUCUCUGACAAAAACAUCAUUACUGGAGGGCGAAGGACACGUGGAAAGGUCAUCGACUUUAAGGACGCCGCGGAAAAGCUUCAGGAUGAUGAGGGUGAGGAUGAUGAAGAUGAUGAAGACUUUGAACCUGAAAUCAAGAACGACAACAUGCGAGACUAA